AUGUUUUUAAAACCAUUCAAACAAGCGUUUCAUGAGUUUUAUCGAUUAUGUAAAAUUGCCGUUUCGCUUCCUGUCAGUACAGCAGCAUGUGAGAGGAGUUUUUCUGCAUUGAGACAAAUUAAAACAUACAUAAGAAACUCUAUGCAUGACAGUAGAUUAAGCAGUGUAUCAAUUCUUGCAAUUGAAAAAGAAAGAACAUUAUCAUUGCAUGAAACGGAAAUUAUUGAUGUUUUUGCUACUAGUCAUAAAAACAGAAAAAUGACUUUAUUAUAA